GUUUUUCUUUCACAACAUCAUCGACCAUGGCUGACUCCAGAAGUUUGUGUUCCGCUCUUGUUUUUGAGUAUCUAUUCCGUGUGGACAAGAGUAUUGCCAAUAUAUUCAAGAAGAAAACAAAUGCGAAGGAUUUGGGCAAAACCUGCGCGAAAUUUGAAGAGGUGGUCGAGCACUUUGCCAAGACCUUCCCGAAGAAGGCCGUGUUGAGCAAGGACAAGGGCGGAGGCUCGAGUUCUGAGGAAGACAGUUCUGACGAAGAAGAAGACACUUCCGCGAAGAAGCCACAAGUGAACGGGAAACCCACGCCCGCCGCUAAGACUCCCGCCAAGAAGGCCCAGGAAUCCAGCGAUUCUGAUGACUCCGACGAGGCGGAAGCGCCACAGCCUGCCAAGCUCAACGGCAAGGCAACACAGAAGAAGGCGGAGUCCAGCAGCGAGGAAGAGGACAGCGAUGAUGAGGAUGUGAAGGUGCCAGCGAAAGCUGUGCCAGCCGCCAAGCCGGCACCCACAGCCGCGGCCAAGAAGGCCGCAGAGUCUUCAUCCGAGGAAGACUCGAGUGACGAUGAACCCGCAAAAGCUACUCCAGCAAAGGCACCUGCAAAGACAGUCGCGGCGGCCAAGAAAGAAGAGUCCUCGGACGAGGAUUCGAGUGACGAAGAGCCCGCGAAAGCACCCGUGAAGACACCUGCCAAGGUGACGGCUGCUGCUAAGAAGAAGGAAUCUUCCGAGGAGGAUUCCAGCGAUGAAGAGGAAGAGAAGAAGGCUCCGGUCAAGGCGAAGCCCACGCCCAAAGUGACACCGGCCAAGAAGGCGAAGGAGUCUUCUAGCGAGGAAGAAUCGUCUGACGAUGAGCCGCCGCCAGCGAAGAAGCCAGCUGUGGCGGCGCCUGUGCAGAAGAAAGUCGCCAAGAAGGAGUCUUCGUCUGAAGAAGAGGAUUCAGAUGACAGCGACGAGCCGCCCAAGAAGACGCCUCUCGUGAAGGCGCCGCAGAAGAAGCAAGAAUCGUCGAGCGAGGAGGAUUCAGAUGAUGACACACCGGCAGCAGUGCCCGUGGUGAAGAAGCCGGCGGCGAAGGUGGCGGCCAAGAAGGAUGAGUCCAGCGACAGCGAUUCCGACGAUGACGAUGCGCCGCCGGCCAAGAAAGUGGCUGUGCAGACGCCCAAAGCUGCCGCCAAGAAGAAGCAGGAAGAAUCGAGCGAAGAGGAGGAUUCUGAUGAAGAUGAGAAGCCUCAGGCGCUGCCUGUGAAGCAAAAGAAGACACCGGCCAAGGCACAAGAGGAGGAAGAGGAGGAGGAGCACUUCACACCUGGCCAGAAGAGAAAGGGUGGCUUCAACACACCGAAUGACAAGUACUCGAACUUCGUGAAGUCCGGCGACAAGAAGAAGUUUGGCGGCGAUUCCGGUGGCGGCUUCCAGAAGAGGCAGUCCUUCGGCAGGGAUGGCGGCCAAGGAGGAGCGCAGCAGCGGCCGGGCGAUUGGACGUGCAACAGCUGCCAGGCGAAUAACUUUGCGCGCAACACGCAGUGCUUCAAGUGCGGCGAGGCCGGCGGCAAUGGCGGCGCUGGCGGCGAGAGGAAGGUCUUCACGCCGCGAGAGGGUGACUGGACGUGCACGGGCUGCAGGAAGACCAAUUACAAGAACCGAACGGAGUGCUUCAGCUGCCACGAGGCGAAGACCGACGACGCGCAGGUGCACAGCGGCGACGGCAGCGGCGGCGGCGGAGGGUUCAGAGGAGGGCGCGGCGGCGGCUUCCGGGGCGGGCGCGGGGGUCGCGGAGGACGCGGUGGCGGCGGUGGUGGAUUCCGCGGGGGCAAUAGGAAUUCCUUCGGAGGCUUCGGCGGCGGCGGACAGCAGAACAAGAAGAUUUCAUUUGACUAAUUAAUUUUUGCAGAAUUUCAGAUUCUUAUCCAUAGUUUAAGUUGACGAGUUUUUGCAUCGCGCGCAACUCUUUUUUAUUGUUGAGCUCAAACUGAUGCGAAUUGUGUAUGUGAUGUGGUUUACAUUGUGCAGAAAGGCGCUCGCGGAUCGUGGGGCGAGAAGGCGAACAGAGAUCUCAAGUUCACCAGAGGGAAGUCAUUCAAGCACGAGAAGACGAAGAAGAAGCGAGGAUCAUAUCGCGGUGGAAUGAUAGAUACAUCCGUCAAUUCGAUUCGGUUUGAGGAUUGAGAGAAGUCAGCAAACAAAUAUUCCCCUUCAGGCAUUAAGGAAAAAGCAUUAUUC